AUGCGAUGUGGUGUGCUCAUUGCAGCUCUGGUCAUCAAGUUCACUGGCUGGGAGUUAGCAGAUCCGAUUUGUACGUUCCUCUUCUCAAUAAUCGUACUGUUCACGACAAUUCACGUACUUCGAGAUAUCUUCUUUGUACUUAUGGAAGCCACACCCCGUCAUAUGGACUUCAAUGCCGUGAAAGAAGAUCUGGCUGCCUUGGAUAAUGUUCAAAGUGUGCAUGACUUACACAUGUGGUCUCUAAACAUGGACAAAACUGCUCUCUCGGUACAUCUUGCCGUUGAUUCGUCAGAGCAUGCCCUGAGUACGGUAACGGCGGCACGCACAUUGAUUCGAGAAAAAUACGGCAUUUCGAAGGCUACCGUACAAGUGGAAUCAUACGAUAAAAGCAUGAACUCAUGCGAACAGUGCUUGAGUUAA